UUCCCAGCGGAGCGGGGACCCUGACGCCAGACGGCCGCAGACGCUCCCCACCGCUUCAUCCGCAGACCUUUCCGUGGGGCCGGCUGCGGCUUGUUAACACCAAACAACCUGCCUUGACUCUGCUUUUGGUCGGUUGGAGCCCCCCAAACGUCCCAGUGAGAUUAGAUGGGGCUUGCUUUGGAUCUGCAGCCCCACUCCAGCAUGGUCCCAGGGGCCGCAGGGGGCCGUGGCGGGCGGCGGAGCCAAGGUGUGGGGAGCCGAUCGGGGCCGGGGCUGCUGCCGUGAGGGGAUGCACGGGGACAGCGAUGCCCAUCACGCAGGACAACGCAGGGGUCUUCCUCCCCCUCCUGUGCCAGUGGCUGCAGAACAGCCGUCGGGAGGGGGCCGAGGGCGCCGAGCAGCAGCUCUGCCGCUCGGCCGUCCAGAAGCUGAGCGAGUACAUCCAGCUCAACUUCUCUGUGGACGAGAGUAAACUGCAGCCAGGGAGCUGCGGGACUUCAGAUACAGAGAUCUGCACCAUGUACCUGGCCCAGGAGAUGCGAAAAAACGAGGUUCUCGGGUUGAGCUUUGGGAACAUCCCUGCUCUGGGGGACUAUGGGGAGAAGCGUCGGGGAGGGAAGAAGAGGAAGGGGCAUAAGGGGCCGGUGCUCGACGUCGGGUGCAUCUGGGUGACAGACUUGAAGAAAAACAGCCCAGCCGGGAAGUGCGGGAGAGUGCGCCUGAAAGAUGAGAUCCUUUCUCUGAACGGCCAGUUGAUGGUCGGCGUGGAUGUCACCGGUGCGAGUUACCUGGCCGAGCAGUGCUGGAAUGGCGGCUUCGUCUACCUGAUCAUGUUGCGCCGCAUCAAGCGCAAAGCCCCUCUUCCUCCCUCCAACGGCAACAACAGCAACAGCUGCGAUCCCAAAGCCAAGCCCAGCCCUGAACCUGGCGACAGAGCCGCUCAAAAUGGGAAAAGGACCAGGAAGUUUGGAGUCAUCACCAGAACGCCGGGCGGCAAGGACAGCAAAGAAAAGGCAGGCUCGGAGCAUGGGAACGGGCACUGCACCCCGAUGGAGGUGGAGGUUGCUCAGCCGGAGACCUCCGAAGCAGAAAGCAACGGGGAGGAGCAGCUUCAGGGCACCGGGGGACAGUACCGGUGCCGGCUGUCGGAUGGCGGCAUGCCAGACAUUGGUGACCAGUCUGCCCAGCGAGAAGGUUGCCGCAUAUGGAAGAUGCACAUCCUGAAGGGGACGGACGGGCUGGGAAUCCAGAUAACAGGAGGCAGAGGGUCGAAGCGGUCCCCUCACAGCAUCAUCGUCACCCACGUGGAGGAAGGCGGCUCCGCACACAGGGACGGCAGGCUGACAGCAGGCGACGAGCUCCUCAUGAUCAACGGGCAGUCGCUGGUUGGGCUCUCCCACCAGGAUGCCGUGGCUCUCCUUCGCUCAGCCGCUGGCCUGGUGCAGCUGGUGGUUGCUAGCAAGGAAUCCGCUGAAGGGGAUUUUCUGAAGUACCCAUCUACCAGUUUGCCAGACUUGCUUAGCACUUGCUCAGUCCAAGACUCUGUCUCUUGCACUGACAAUAAAGAAAACGAAGAGCCAGAAGAAGAAGAUGUGAAAGGAGUGAGUGUGUCUCCUGAAAAACUGGUCGCUGUGAUGGAAACUGAGAAGUCUCAAGAUCCAGCUUGUGCAGAAUUGUCCAAAGGAAACAACCAGAGUCCAACUCUGGGGAGUGGCAUACUGAAAUACAGAAGUCGAUCCCAAGGUGCCGGAUCCCGCUUGGAGUCCGUGGGAGAAGACGAUGAGCUGAUGGUGGAAAACGGCGAAUCGAAUUAUGAAAUAGCAGUGAAAUAUUCCCGGGGUGGAAGAAAGCACUCUCUGCCCCAGCAGCUGGAGUCGGCAGGAGCCAGGCAGGACUACCAUAUCGUGAAGAAAUCCACCCGUUCCUUCAGUGCCGCCCAAGUGGAAUCUCCAUGGAGACUGACCCAGCCGUCCAUCAUUUCCAACAUUGUCCUUAUGAAAGGGCAAGGCAAGGGUCUUGGAUUCAGCAUUGUGGGAGGUCAGGAUUCUGCUCGCGGACGCAUGGGGAUUUUUGUGAAGACUAUAUUCCCAAAUGGAGCAGCAGCUGCUGAUGGAAGGCUUAAAGAAGGGGAUGAAAUCUUAGAAGUUAAUGGAGAGUCUCUACAAGGACUGACCCAUCAGGAGGCCAUUCAGAGGUUUAAGCAACUCAAGAAAGGUGUGGUGACCCUGACGGUGCGCACGCGGCUGCGCAGCCCGAGCCUCACGCCCUGCGUGACUCCCACCUUGCUGAGCCGCUCCAGCUCCCCCAGCUCCAGCGCUAGCGGUGGCCUGCCGGUCCCUAGCCCUGACGAGGCGGAUGGUUCCUCCUCCAGCCGCAAAGGACCUGGCCCGAAGGACAGGAUCGUCAUGGAUGUGACACUCAAUAAAGAGCCAGGGGUUGGGCUCGGCAUUGGUGCCUGUUGUCUCACACUGGAAAACAGUUCUCCGGGGAUAUACAUUCACAGCCUGGCCCCAGGAUCAGUGGCUAAAAUGGAUGGCAGAUUAAGUCGGGGUGACCAGAUCCUGGAGGCAGAUUCGGUGAGUCUGCGUCACGCGGCAUUAAGUGAAGCCUACGCCAUCCUGAGUGAAUGUGGUCCAGGUCCAGUCAGCCUAAUCAUAAGUCGGCACCCUAACCCAAAGGUUUCUGAGCAGGAGAUGGAUGAAGCAAUCGCACGUACUACCCACCGAGAGAGCAAGGAUGCCAGCUCCUCUCACGUCACAGGAGCUGUACAAAAAAGUCCAUCUCCUAGUGUGAAGGCCAAACAAGGAGAGACCUCAUCUCCCCUCAGCUGGACUAUGAAACGCUUCCUGGAGCCAGCAAGCCGGCAGGGAUCUGUCAGCUCCGAGGCAGAGCUUUCCCAGUACUUCUCACCCGACGGUACUAGCCAGCUCCCGUUUUCUGAUGCUGUAACCGGCUCCUAUGAUGAAGAGCAGCUCCGUCAGAAGAACAGAAACAGUUUUUUGGAUGAUGGCUCUCUUCUUCCUGGCAACCUUACUGCUAGAGAAGCAGGAGUAGCAAAAGCAAACGGUCUGGCUUCUCCAGCUACUGGGAGAUCGUCCAGCCUUCACAGCAAGCAUGUGGAGCCUGUCCGACCCGGCAUCCUCAGCGACAGCCCCAAAUCUGCCCGCAGCCCCUUUCAUCGACAGAGGAGGGUUGUUUUCUAUGAUGGUGACGUUAGUGAUGACAACGAAAGUUCCCAGUUGCAAAGAAGCCAGAGGGUCAAGAGCCAGGAGGAUGCUGGUAUUGUCAUUACAACCUCGUCUGUAGAAAUCGAUGAUGAGAGCCAGGACAGUGAGUCACCUAGAUGUAGUGGCACCGAGACAUCUUCCCCUGUCUUCAGCAACUCUGUGGAGUCUGCAGACAGCACACUUGAGCAAACCGACUCUCCUUUCUUCCCCAUCAUAGCAUUCGAUUACUCAAGUGUGCCUGAAGUUCGUCUUGGCAGUUUGAGUUUAAAGGAGCUCCGGGAGGCACAACUUGAAUCUAAGAGAUCACCAAAACUUGAGCACAGAGCAGUCACAAGAGUGAAAAGCAUGAUGAGCACUGAGUGCCGAAGCCUUCAGAGACAGAGGACGGAGGAGCAUGGCUCUUAUAACAAGCCUGUUGCGAGGACGCUUCCUCACAGCAAGAAGUGUGAAGCACCUGAUGGGGCUGGGCAGGGCCAGGGUGAGAUAGUCACUCUGGUUCGCAAUGAGCACGAGUCAUUUGGCCUGGAUUUGGAAAUCCAGGCCAUGCCCUUAAAGGUUGUUGUCACAGGGCUGCGGCCAGGUGGAGCAGCAGAAAUGGGAUCAAUGGGCAAGAUGGCUGUUGGAGAUGAGAUUACCACCAUCAACAGUAUCCCAGUCAGUAAGAUGACAUACGAGGAAAUCUGCUUGCUUAUGCAGUGUCUUCCCACGUCAGUAACCCUGGAAAUCCAGAAAGCAGCACCAGCUGUCAGCAGAUUUACAAACCUCAUCCUGUCUCCAGGGGUAGACAGUCAAAAUCAGGCCGAUGUCAACAGCAUCCUCACAACUGAGGAAGAACCGACUGCUGGGAAGCGAGAAGGAGCAGGUUUGCAAAAUGCUGGUGGCGGCAGUGCAGUGGAGAGAACAACACUGCCACCUGAUGCCACGAGCAAAGACGUGCAAAGAGGUCCCAUGAAAAGCAACCAUGCUGAGGACUGCGCUGCCAUCCCCGUCACUGAUAUCGAUGACUUGCUCAGCCAAAUGGGUGCUCCCGAGAGCAGGGCUUCGCGCACCCCGUCGCGAGCGGAGAGCCCCCUCCGAGAUGAGUACACCACAAUGUGCUGCUGUGGGACUGACGAAGGCUGUCCCGGACCUGAGCCAGGGCCAGCCAAGGAGGAGCUGCUGGAAAAAACUGUGAAUUGUGGAGCUAAUGCACAAGGGGUUUUGGGGCUGUCUGUGUUGGACUCCAUUAACACAGGCAAACUUUUUACUGUGAAUAAAAACUCUCUAAAUAACUAUUCUAGGAAUUUUAGCAGUUUAAAUGAGGAUGAGUUGCCUGCAGCAAACUCUCCGGAAGGUAAGAGGAGUGACCUGUUUCCAAAGUCUAUGUAUGGGGCUGCGGAGGAUUCUCACUCGGACACAGAGUCUGUCACAGAAACCUUUGACAGUGCUAAUGAGGUGUUGCUUGGGCUGUGCGCUGCUGCUAACGCCCCUGCAGUCUGUACUGUACUGGAGUCUGACGAGGAGCAAAUUGAGAUUUGUUGCAUGAAUGAUGAUCCACAAAAGCCCACACAGGAGCAACAUCUCACAUCUGCAGCAAGCUCAUCCUCUCUGUCCCCGCUGCAUCCUUACGGCGGCAAAGUUUUACAAACUGAGGGCUGUGCAAUGUGUGGGUCACUGGAGACAAGCAUCAACAAACUAGGCUUGGAAGAUCACAGUAGUCCCACUCCAUGUCCCUCACAGUGUUCAGAUAUGUCCUCUGCAUCCUUGUGUUCUCCUUCCUCAGUUUUCCUGCCAGAAAAAGACAUCCUAAAGAAUUCAGUCAGUAUCCCUGAAGUUUACUCUUUCUGUAACAAUGGUGCCUUAAGUACAGAAGAACAGAUGGGUUUGGGGAACAGUAGUGGACAUACGAAAUGCUGUGAAUCCAUUGAAGAGGAAGGGUCUCUGCACUGCAAAAAGAUAAGCUUUUGCUCUGCUAGAAAUGUCGAUGGCUUGGAGAACAACGCGCUUGAGAAAGAAGGAUAUCAUGAUGAGCAGAGAUCCACAUCUGAAAGUGAAACAGUGGUUGAUGACUGUAAUCAUGCUGUUAGUUAUUGCUUAGUGAAGAAAGAAGCCAACAGUUUGUCCAGCUUGUCUAAAACAGAGAGCAAUCAUGUGAAUGCAUUGUCAUCAAGAGCAAUAUCACUCAGGUCUCCCUUUCCCACUAGAUCUAAAGAUCCAAAGGCUAAUACAGCUCAUGAGUUGCCAGGGAAAAAUGAGAAAAUUAACUCUGUGACUUCAGGAAGGACUUCAAACGGAAAAGUCCAAAGCUCAGGCACAAAUCACUGCAAAGGAGCUGCAGUACCGCACAGCCCAUCCUCACAGAAAAAAUCCUGUCAGGAUUCUAAGGGAAUGGCACAAAAAAGUAUAAUGGACACCCUUUUAAAUAACCAGAAGGCCAAAGCAGGACCAAAGCUAAAAGGGAUCACCAUCAAAAGCAAAGCAAAGGCAAAUUCAGAUUCUUCAGGCAUUAAUCCUACCAAAGUCAGUGGGGCUGAUCAGAAAAGGGCUUCUGUUUCUCCACAGCUGUCCCCCAAACUCCUGGGGAAGAAAACACCACUGUCCCGUAAUUCACCUACAAACCCAGAUCCUGGCAAGAGCAUUUCAGCAGCCUCAAGGACUCUGAAGUCAGAGCUAGAAAAUAAACCAUCUAUGGUCAUUUCUGAAGAUUCACUUCUGCCUCUCCUGAAUGGCACCAGCAGCCCAACAGCAAGCGGUGAAAUGAAAUGUGGCUGUGAGGAGCUAACAGGCGUGCAGCAGGCAUUGGGAAAGCCAAAAGAAAAGCAAGUUUCCAUGCAACCUGCGAUGUGUCAGGAUAAGGGUGCUAAGGUGGAUGAUUUCAGAGCCAGAGAUGGUCAGUCCAAAGUCACUUCAUCUCCUCAGGGGAUACCAAAAGUUGAAGAUGUGAAAGGGAGGGCUGAUAACCCCGGAACAGGCCUGACCACAAUCAAGAGCAUCUAUAGUGCAGAUGACCUUAGGCAAUUAGAUCUGCAAAACGUAGGACCAUCUGCUGGAGGCUCUUCUUUGUUGAGGUCCCCCUUGGUUCAGCAGGAGCAGCUGGAAGGGCAGGAGAUCCAGCGUACUUUCAUUGAGGUGAAGCUUUCCUCCUCCUCACCCUCUUCUUCCUCCUCCUCCUCCUCUGCCUCUUCCUCACCAGCAUCAUUUUUGCAACUGCCGUUGCUGGAGAAAACAGAAGAGAUGAACACAGAAGUGCCUCGGCUGACUGCAGAGGUGGGGACCAUGCAGUAUUUCUCAAAAGCAGAUACUGCCGGAGACAGAAAUCUCUAUGGCUUGUCGAAACCUGUGAUGAGGACUUACUCGAUGCCGGCCCAGUUAUCGGAUCACUUGAGGGAGGACUGCCAUGUUGCAGAGGUUCAUCCUGUGCAAGGUCCGCAGGGCCACGCUGCAGAGGAGAAAUACCCCCAGGCAGCGACGGGGAUGUUAAAGAUGGUCCAUCUGAACCUGCCAAAUGGGCAGAGGGGGAAGGAGCAGGCUUAUGCCUCCAAAAGCGCCCAGAGGGUCCAUGACACAUCCCCCGCAGCCAGCGACAUUAGCUGCCCCGCUGCCAAUAAGCUGAGGGGCUUCAGGAGGAAUUACUACUACUAUGAGCUGAACUGGCCGCAUGAACCUACCUCAUCCUUCUCUGUCAAACAGAGGAUCAAAUCCUUCGAAAACCUGGCAAAUUUUGACCGGCCCAUUGUGAAGGCCAUCGAUAUACACUCGGCUGCGAGAUCACCGCUCGCCAGGAGGUCGUGCGGUGGGAUGGCUGCCGCAGCCAGCCCCGCCGACAUGCCACGGGCCUUGCGGCGCAGCUUGAGCUCCUACGGUGGCAGCCCCAGCCCGGCCAACGCCGUGGCCAAGUCUCCCACCAGCGCAGAGCCCACGCGUGUGGCGGAGGGCGGCAAGGGGGAAGGAAAGCCCCGGAGGAGCGAGGAGGGCGGUGCUGGGGCAGACGCGGCCGCCUUUCCCCCCUCGGCCUCGCAGGUGCGCCGCAGCCGGGGCCUGGGGCGGCCGCCGCUGUCCCGCUCCAGGCUGCGGGAGCUGAGGGCCCUCAGCAUGCCUGACCUGGACAAGCUGUGCGGAGAGGGCUUCUCGGGGCCGCCGCAGCCCGCCUGCUUCAAGACGGAGCUGGAAAUCACGCCCCGCAGAGCCCUCGGCGUGCCUGCCCGAAUUGACGCAGCCCCGCCAGCCCGCUGCGGCCCUGCGGAGGCGGGCGCGAUGGGGAUGGGUGCCGGCAGCCCUCGGGACAGCGGCUCGGGGACGCCGGGGUCCGCCUCGGAUGACGACGUGCCCCAUGGCAGCUCUCUGGAUGGGGAACGCUCAGAAAACAGCUGGUCCAUCAGCUUGGAUCAGCUACUCGUCUCAAGCCUGGACCAGCAAAAACUGCAAUCUGUUUUGUCAGCAGUAGUACCAAAAUGUGACGUUGUUGCUAUGCUCCAAGAAGUCAAAGCACAAGUAAAGAGCAAAGAAGACACAUACUUUGUAGUCUUGCACAAAGAAGAAGGAGCUGGCCUGGGAUUUAGUGUUGCUGGAGGAAUAGAUCUGGAACAGAAAUCAGUCACAGUCCACAGAGUGUUUUCGAAGGGAGUGGCAUCUCAAGAAGGGACUAUUCAUCGAGGAGAUCUUGUUCUGUCAAUCAAUGGCAAGUCUCUUGCAAGCUCAGUCCAUGGGGAUGUCCUGAAUACUCUUCAUCAGGCAAGACUAUACAAAUACACGGUCGUUGUCAUCCAGAAGGAAAAAGACAAAGCAAACAAUUCUUCCAGUCUUGAGAUAUCAGCUACUGGCAGAAAAUGUGUGGGGUCUGGAAAGGAUAUUUCCAUGGAAAUAGGAACAGAUCCAAACCUGGAUAUGAAUGAUGUCAUCUGCGUUGAAUUAUUGAAAACCUCUGCUGGCUUGGGAUUCAGUCUUGAUGGUGGAAAAGCUUCUAUUGCUGGAGACAGGCCCUUGCUUGUAAAAAGAAUAUUUAAAGGUGGUGCUGCGGAGCAAUCUGGAAACAUAGAAACUGGAGAUGAAAUUCUUGCUGUUAGUGGAAAAUCAUUACUUGGCCUCAUGCAUUACGAUGCCUGGAACAUUAUUAAAUCUGUGCCAGAGGGCCCUGUUCAGCUACUAAUCAGAAAACACAGAACAUCAGUAUGAUGGAAGCACUACAUCAAAUCACACUUGCUAAGACAAAACACUUAAAACUGGCUACAAGCUAUCUUUGUUUCUAAAGUCACACAGAAGUGUCUUAAUGCUCUACAGAGAGGUGCUAAGAGCCUUGGAGAACCACUGAGCAAGCAUGUGAUGAGCAUCAUAAAAUCUCACCUAAGUAUCGAGGAUGAAGGAAGCCAAAUGUUAAGAGACAAUUUUGUAUUAUGUGGCAGUUUUAAUGGAACUUCAAGACCUCUCCUGGGUUUGAUUUGAAGUAUUUUGACUGAGAAAAAUAACACUGUGCCUGUCCCUGAUAUUUUUAGUAUCUGCAGAGCAUUGGGAGUAUAACUUAUGGUUGUUAUCCUGUUGACAAGGAUGGGUAUUUAGAUUGUACUGUAUCACUUAGCUGUAAUAAGACUUCAGGACACUUACUUAGGGUCUGGUCCUUUUUUUGUUGUAAUAAGAGAAUGUCUGGAACAAUCUCACUUUAUUCUUCUAAGUGCAGUUUUGCUAAAAAUGCAUGACAAAAAGAGUAUAAUUUUGCACAACUUUUAUGCCUAAAACAUGAGCAUUUUAAUGCAAAGCUGAAAAAUCUUAAAACUGAUGAACUAACUUGGCAUCCAUCACAACUGAGUCUGCUCUUAGAUGCAACUUGUAUCUGAAAUCACUUGGCAUUAAUGCAGUAGAACUCUGUGAGCAAAAAAAUCACAUCCAAAUAAUAGGUGAUUGUCCACCAAGGUGUAGACUGAGUUGUUAGUUGUGAUUAAAACAGGAGCGAUAAAAAUUGGGGUCUGAAUUUUCAAAUUUAGGCUUCUAAUGUUAGGCACCUUUAAUAUAUAUAUAUUUUUAAAAAGGGGAUAAUUUCAAGUGCUGAGCACUUGCAGAUCCCACAGACUUCAGCAAUCACAAAGUAUGUCUGAAAGUCGGGCUGCUUUUAUUUGGCUGCAAGAGGCUUAAGGCUGCCCGACUUGAAACACUCAAGCUGAAAGUGGUGGUCUAACGAUGGGGAUUAUAACAGAUUAAAUCUGAACUGGCCAUAUUUCUGGCUUUUAAUCGCUCUUUUUUGUUUUGUCUUGUCCAAUAUUUAUUUUUGCUUGUGUGAGAGUGGGUGAGGAUGUGUGUGGAAGAUAUAAGUGCACCUGGCUGCAUCAGGAACAGGCUGAUGCUGAGGGUUCUGGAUGGUGAAACUGAAAACUGUUUGUGUAGACAGGAGAAACCAUGGUGUUAGAUACAGCAGAACUGACAGGGUUGCAAUGCCACGGGUGCUUAGUUUGGAUUUUCUAACCUCUACUCACAGUAGAGGUACCAGCAGCAGGCCAUGCUGCUGAGUGUUUUUCAUAGUCUGCUGUGUUGGGAGGAGAGCGUACGGGUGCAAGAGAUUAGACUCUGUUAUUUCUCUUCCUACAUCUGGGAUAGCUAAACAACAUAAAAGAGAUACAGGAAGAAAUGGGCCAGUGUCCUUAUCAGCUGAGAACAAGUUGUUUGUUCCAGAGUGCUCAGGUUGUUUGUCACAUUAGGCUGGAGACUGCUUGCAGCCAACAUGCCCAGGGUGAAGAGCUCUCAGCCUGGAACCGGUCCAAAUCUGAAGUGCUGCCUAUGUCUAUAGUGAGCCAAGACACUGCAUAGCUGUUACAAAAAGGUCUGGGCUUGUCACUUGGCCCUACCCCAAGAUCAUACUAUAGUUCAGUUUAUUUACAUUUAUUCAACAGUGCUUGGAGCAGUUGCUUCCAGCUUAGUGGAGCACUUGCUUUAGUUAAUUUCUGACAGCUUCAUUAGACUCCAACUCGUGAUAUACAGAGGAAAAUUCAGUUCUGCAAGGCAACCUGAGACCAGGUAAGCAGAAAAGCUGUGCAAUGUUUUGUCUAAAAAUGAAUAGAUUUAAUUCUUUUUCUGUGACAUUAGCAUGUGAAUCCAGGGAGAAAUGCAGCUUUUGGUUACAGGAAAGGCAAUACUUUACAUAGUCCUACAGCUGCUUUGCCUGCAGGAUUUCUGUCAAAACUAAUUCAGGUUCAGUGCUGUGAAAUGACUAUGGAGUUGGGUUCCCUGUGACCCCGAAGCUCAGCCGCUCUGUUGGGACUGGUGCUUGCCUCCAGUCACCUCCAUGGUGGGAGAGGCUUCAGGAGGAUGCAGCACUUGGGGUCAGAGGACCACACUGAGGUUGCAGGCCUGUGCUGGGAUAAAAGAGGUUACCCCUGCAUAUUUGGUGAAAAACAGGGAGAAGACAUUUGGCAGUGACAAUUAAAUGGUGAGGCCUUGUUCAGGAAUGACCAAAAUCUGACUGUAAUAGCGUGUAUAAUAGAUACAUAAAAUGCAUGUGGAAUUUAAUGCAGCGUAGUGAAUACAUACCUGUAUACGUAUAAUACGUACAAGUGCAGUACUGACUUUUUGCUACUUUAAUGUGGUAAAUCACAGUUGUGUUUUAGGAAAUGGCAUUUUUUUUCAGUCCACAGUUUAAAAUUUUGGAGGUUCCAAUGCAGGGAGGCAUAUGUCUCCCUCACUCCUAAACCGGUGUGAGCUCAAAGGUAAAGUCUUCAUUUUGUAAAUUAAACUUAAUUUGAGGUGUCUUAAGAUGAUAUGUGGUGAAUAUUUUCAGAUGCUUAUUUGCAGGUACUGUUCAUUGUGAGUGAUUUAGAAGGCUUUAAUUUUUCAGUAAUCAAAUACUAUACUGUUCAGUAUUUUAUUUUACAUGCACGUAGAUAUGUGUUGGCUGAGUAACAGCAGAGGUGGGGAUUUUUGUGUGUGAUUCAGUAGUGGCUAUAAUUUAAAAGCUAGGUUUAAUGUUUUAAGUCUGAUAGUUACUAUGGGUAGAAUGAUACACUUCUCUACUAACAUUACAGCAAGAAAAAGAAUAGUAUUUAACCCUGAUUGUUUUUGUUCCUGAAAAUACUUUUUUUUAAUGUGAAAGAACAAGAAACAUCUUUACUGAUGCUACCAGUGUUGAUAUGAUUACAGUAGUGUUUCCUGACAUCUCUGUUGGGGUGACAUUCCCCAUAAAAGUCCCAGGAUUUAUGCAACAUGGGUCUGCUUUAUUACAAACAGGAUGGGUAGACCAAACAGAUGUAGUGAACCUUUGGUUGCGCACCUGGAAAAGUAAAUGUUAUUUUUCUGAGAGCCUGGUCCCACCAAAAUGACAGAGGACGUUGCAUUGGUUCAUCAGUAUUCAGUAGGUUCAUGAGCAUUUUUGGCCUUGCUGUUUGCCUGUCAGUCCCCACAGUGAUUCUUUGCCAUACCAGAAGGUUGGCCAAGCUCUAGGAGAGCGGUGACUCCCCAGAGACUUGCAGCUGCCUCUUGGAAGACCAAAAAAUCAGAAUGAAAUUAUGUACUUGGUCCACGACUGUUCACGAGGGACCUGAAGGCAUUCCUGGUGAGGUGAAUUUGCUCCUAGAUGGAGAAGGUCUGGUGGAGGGCUUUGCUGCUUCCAGGCCUGGGGCAGCUCAGUGUACACAUCCUGGAUAUGAGAAUGGGCUCUGGUGUGAUACUGCCAUUGCAUAUUCUGCAGCCUUCUGUACCUGAAAGUUCUUUCCAGCUUCUUUGGGGACUGCAUCUGUAUUAAGAACUGUGAGAUUAGGCCUAAAUGAGGGAGGGAGCAACAUCUGAUUGUUUUCUUGCUAAAAAAAAUAGUAUGAGGGCAGAUAAGUAUUAAACUGUUGAGUGAUUCAUGUUUUCUAAUGACCCUCUCUUAAAAUUAACCCUAGUUAAUGUUCUGCAGUGGUUCUUGUCAAAAUCUGAAGGAACUGCUCCCAGAUGGGAAUGUUUACCUGCUUCUACGUUUAGCGUAUGUAAAUGUACAAGUGGAAAUAUUGAUGAAUAGUAGACUAGAUCAUGUGAGAAAUGGGGAUCCCACUUUAGGUAGAUUUUAUGUGUUAGGCUGAUACACUUAUUGUAUGAUAUUGUAUAUUUACACUUUUAUUUAUAUAAAUAAAACUUCUUUUAAU